UCGUGCUUCAAGGAAAUUACUAAUUGUUCUACUGCAUAUGCAGGACUGUGCUGUGCUUUGUCGUUUACGUUUUGCAUGUGUAAAAAUAUUCGCUUGGACUAGAUUCCGAUUCGAAGAAACAUCAACGAUACGGGUGAUUCGCGAUGUUGGUCGAGAUUAAAUUGGAUUGAACUAAGAAAAAGCAACAAUGGAUCGGUGGAACAUUUUUUCCAAUGGAGUGUACUGCAACGAGUACGAGCAGGAUAUUCUGGAAACACUGAAGGAAUGUGAAAGGUACCGAAGAACCGUGUAUUACGUAUCGCCUCAGCAAAAGUAUCGAACAGGCACUGUUCGGUUGAUUGAAAAAGUCUGUGAACAGCAAUCCUAUCGUCGGAAUACUCUCCAUUUGGCUAUCUACCUUCUGGAUGUGUUUAUGUGUUACCAUACAAUACCGAACUGUCGUCUUGGUCUAGUCGCCUUAACGUGUCUGUAUGUGGCUUGUAAAAUUGAAGAAAAUGACCCGAAUGUGCCUACGGUUUCGAAAUUAAAUCGGAUCUUGGCAAACGCAUACACUCCAGCCGAUUUCACCGCUAUGGAAGUGACCAUCUUGACCUACUUCGACUGGCAUAUAACCAUCCCAACGGCGUCCACCUUUCUGGACAUAUUUUUGCUGAACUGUUUCACCCAGGACGAUUACAACGACAUGCCGAAGGAUUUGGAGACUGAGCAGACUUCUGUCGAACGAUUCGCAAAAGCGAUUCAAGAAACCAGUGAUACGAUUCUGAAAAACAGUUUGCAACAGAUAAGACUGUGUGCAAUUAAGCCGUCCCUGCUUGCGGCUAGUUGUGUGGCAGCUGGGCGUUUGAACGUUAAAAACUUGCCUGUUUGGAACGACCGACUAGUGCGUAUUACUGGAUAUGAGUAUGCCGAGAUUCAUUCAAUUUGUCAACAGCUACUGGUCGAAGCAUUUCCCCAAUCACCAGCAAUCUCGUCAUUGAUACACGCGCCCUAUCCUGAUUCAGGAUAUCUGUCUGAAUGCCACGAAACGGACGAAGACAAUAAUUCAUAUAGUAGUGGCCAGUCAAGUAACAUCACGAGCGAGGAUAUUGACAACACGACAAGCCCUUGCAUGUGUAGCGAAACUACUAUCGGCGAAGGGAUAAUAAGUUCUGCUAGCGAUACUGGUGAGCCGAGCGCUAAAAAACGAAAAAUAGUUGUUGUCGAUUGGUCUGCUGAAUAAGACUAGGUUCUGUCAAACAGUACCAAAGGGUAGUUAUGUUAUGUUAGCAGGCUUUAUUUCUAUACAAGGAAUAUCGGAAGGUACCAUCUCAGGUUAAAUCUCUAUCUCUCUUU